AUGGAGCCCCGAUGGGCCAAGGAGACCUGCAGGGAGCUCCUGUGUUGCAACCGGUGCCACUUUCGAUCUCCAGGAGCACAAGUGUCCAGCCCAAAUGAAGAGCAGGCGGCUGUCAAUUUUCUGGAUGGAUCGUGCCUGGAGAAAGUGUCCGAGCCGGUGCCCAUCUCACCUGUGCAGAAGAAGAGAAACGGCUGGUCCUUUGUGCAGCUUUUGGACCAGCGGUUGCUUUGUCCACACCUUUUCUCUUGGACCUCACUUGUAGAUGCUGUGCAAGCGCGCACAGCCUGCACAUGUUGGCACAGACUGUCUGCAGAACAAAGAUGGCUGGAGCUGUGUGUGCUCAAUGGUGGGGUGGUGAGACAGCAGCGCUUGAAAUUGUGGAGGCAGCUGACUGCAGUUGAAGCCCUUGAAGCCGGCUGGUGCCGGAAGCUGGGCGUCCAAAGCUCCGAAGACGCCUUCAAUGCCCUCCUUCAGCAGCCGCUGUCCCAAUCGAAGAUCUCAGAAAUUGAACGCGAUGUUCAUCGGACAUAUCCAACCCACGAACGUUUCUGUGGAGAGGAAGGUGCCGUGGGUCGACGUGAGCUGUCGCAGGUAUUGCAGGCAGUUGUCGUGGCAGAGCCCAACGUUGGCUACUGCCAGGGCAUGAACUUUGUGGCAGCUACCCUGUUGAUACAUGCAGAUUCCAUUCAGGAGGCUUUUUGGCUGCUCCUCGCGCUAUUGGAAGGAUAUCACUUCCGCUACGUGUUCGCUCCAGGGGUUCCACUGGUGCCGCUGCGGGUUUCCCAGUUCUCCGGCUUGGUGCAAAGAAACCUGCCACAUCUCUGGCGACACUUGCGGGAGGAUGGACAUAGCUUGGAGAUAUUCGCACAUCAAUGUGUGUUGACGCUUUUCUCCUACAGCUUGGGGCCCGACUUGCUGGCGCAUGUUUACGACGUCUUCUUCCUGCUGGGAUGGAAGGCGGUUUUUCGGAUAGGUGUCAGCCUACUGGCAACCUUGGAAGAUCAGUUGUUGAACAUGGACCUUGAAGAUAUCUCUCACUAUUUGCAUCAGUGCAAGCGACAUUUGAAACUUGGGUCUGGCCCUGUUGCCAUUCGAACCUUGCUGCGCUUCGAGGUUUCGUCAAGCAGCCUGGAAGAGUUGGAGUCUGCCUUCCAACUUGAGCGCUUCAAGGUGCUGCUGGCCAGCGUCCCUGGCGAUGGGGAGCAGGAUGGCGGCGAGCCGUUUGAACCGCUGCCAGCCGGGCUCGAUCGCAACUCCUCGGAGAGCUGUUUCAUGGUCGACGCGAACAGCCUGAGGAGUGCAAACACACCACCUCGAGGUGGCACAGUCUUGGGCCCUGCGAGUUCCAGAGGCCUUGAUCCAGCGAAAGCGGCUGUGGUGGUCCCGUACCACGAGCUGCGGCUGGUGAAGGAGGAACUCCGGGAGUUCGAUGAGCAGACGCAACUGGAUGUGAGGGAAUUUCGACAUCGCAUUGCUGAGGCUGAGCGCGAGCUCUCAGGGCUUCUGAGGAGUACGGCUGAGUUUCGGAAGGAGGUGGACGAUGCUGAAGCCAAAUGGCAUAAACAUCAAGACUACAAAAAAGUUUUGAUGGAUGCUGUGCAGGCGGCCUUGGAUUCAACCAAAAGCUCUGAACCGAUGGAACAUGCUCCCCAUGAACUUCUCACUGACUGCUUCGAGAAGCUUCACAGGCUUCAAAACGACAUGCUGGAGGAGGACCGCAAGCGCAAGGCCUUUGACUGUGCUCAAACUGCGUUCUCAAAGUAG